AUGUCAGUCGAGGAUCUGAAGACCCAGGUUCGAAUCCCCACUUCCGCCGUGGAAGCAUACUGGUGGUGCAAAGGGCUAAAGAGGAAGGGCCGGUGGGGGCCGCCGCAGGUCGCCAUAACCUUUGCCGACGUCACGGUCCACUUCUCCCAAGAAGAGUGGGGAAUGCUGUCGGCUUCUCAGAAGGAGCUGUACCGGGAUGUGACAGCCGACAAUUACGCCAGUCUGGUUUUUCUAGGCCUCGUAACUGCCAAACCGCGGCUCCUCUCCAGGCUCCAGCAAGGGCAGGAGUGCAGCAGAAGUUUGUCUCUGCACACGAAAAUCCACACUGGAGCCAAACGGUACACCUGCGGAGCGUGCGGGAGGAGGUUUGGUCGCAGCGAACACCUGAGAACGCACCAAAGAACCCACACGGGAGAGAGGCCCUUUCAGUGCAAGGAUUGCGGGAGACGCUUCAGCCAGAAGGGAAACCUGCGCAAGCACGCCAUGAUCCACUCUGGCGAGAGGCCUUUCCGAUGUUCCGAGUGCGGGAAAAGGUUCAUUGAGAAAGCGAGCCUCACUCAGCACCAGAGACUCCACUCGGGGGAGAAGCCGUAUCAGUGCAGCAAGUGCGGGAAAAGCUUCACGGUCAAGAAGGUCCUCCAGUAUCACCAGAAAAGCCACUCGGGGCCUUACCCGUGUGCCGAGUGUGGGAAGAAGUACCGGUCGCUCACGGGCUUAAAGAGUCACCUGACGGUCCACUCCGAAGAGAAGCCAUUUGUGUGCGCCGAGUGCGGGAAAGGCUACGCCACCCACACCCAGCUGAAGUCCCACCAGCUGACCCACUGGAAAGAGCGGCUCUACCCGUGCAGCUAUUGCAGCAAGGCUUUUGGGGUGAGAUCCAUCCUCCGGUCUCACCAGAGAAUCCACAGCGAGCUGAGACCUCACAAAUGUACGGUGUGCCAGCGCGGCUUCCACCGCAAGAGUGCCCUUCAGAAGCACCUGCGAGUUCACACGGGAGAGAAACCGUUUUCCUGCUCCGAGUGCGAGAAGUCCUUUGCCCGCGUGGACGGCCUCCGUAGCCACCAGAAGAUCCACAGUGGGGAGAAACCUUUCCGCUGCAGCUACUGUGGGAGGAGCUUCCGGGAACAUCAACUGUGUCAGGAGCAUGAGCUUGUCCACACAGGGCAGCACUUGAAGUGCAGCCAGUGUGGGAAGAGGCUGCGCACCCAGAGGGCGCUCGCGGUGCACCAGAGAGUCCACACCGGGGAGAAGCCUUUCCAGUGUCCCCGCUGCGACAAGGGGUACCACCGGAAAAACGAGCUGGUGAAGCACAUGAGAAAGCCGUGCAAGGAGUGA